CACUUUACUUUCCUACCGACAAAGAGCAAGCAGAUUUAGCGGAGAGCGCAUUUACUCUACUUACUUUCCCUACCGACAAAUCCCAAAACAGAUUUAGAGCAUUUACAUUGCUUUCCCGUUGUGGUUUCUCCCUGUAAAUUCAAGUUAUUUUACCCUCAAACGAACGAAUUCCAUUGUUUGUUGAGCAAAAUUUUCGAUCCAUUAAUCAUCAAUCUUCUUCAAUCAGACACAAAUCAAUUCGCUUCGCACACAAAUAGAGUUCCUUUAACAGAUUCAGUCUUAUCUAUCUAUCUAAUCUAUCUGCACCUGAUAUCUUCAUGGAGUCACGCGUUGGAUCUUCAAGUUAUGAUGUGUUUAUCAACUUCAGAGGCGAAGACACCCGCAAUACUUUUGUUGGUCACCUUCACAUGGCUCUGAAGGAUCGUGGAAUCCAUGCUUUCAUUGACAGCAAAGAUCUGUGGAAAGGAGAAGAUAUUGAGCCCGUACUCCUCGGAGCAAUAAAAGGUUCCAAGCUCUCGAUUGCUGUCUUAAGUGAAAGAUACGCAGAGAGUAGUUGGUGCCUCAGGGAGCUCGCUCAGAUGCUGGAAUGUCAUCGAACCAGUGGUCAAGUUAUUUUUCCCAUUUUCUUCAAGGUGAAGACAUCUCACGUUAAGAAUCAAACUGGAUGUUUUGAGAUUUCUCCUCAGAGACAUGGCAAGGAGUCGCCCCAAACUCUACAGAGAUGGAAGGACACUUUGCGAGCUAUAGGAGAUAAGAGUGGAUGGGUUUUUGACAACGGAUAUGAUCAAUCAGAGUUGAUCAAGUCAGUUGUUCAAAGUGCUUGGAUCCGAUUGAAUAUGGUUCCCUUGAUAGGUGUUAAACACCCUGUUGGAUUAGAAUUCCGCAUAGAAUCUGUAUUAUCUCUACUAAAAAUCAGUUCUACAGAUGUUCAGUUCUUGGGGAUAUGUGGUGUAGGUGGCAUUGGGAAGACAACCAUUGCGACAGCGGUAUACAAUUGCAUCUUUAAAAACUUUAGUAGGAGUUGUUUUCUUGAAGACAUUAGAGAGCAAGCAUCACAGCUCAAUGGUAUGGUUUGUUUGCAAGAGAAACUUCUCUACAGUAUAUUUCGGCAGAAAAUAAAAAUAUGCAAUUCUAGAGAAGGAUCAAGAUUGAUAAAAGAAAGACUUGCAAAUACAGAUAUUCUUCUCAUUCUUGAUGAUGUGGGUCAUCGUUCCCAAUUAAAUGCAUUGGCUGAUCCCGAUUGGUUUGGUCCUGGAAGUAGGAUAAUCGUGACAACUAGAGAUCAGAACGUUCUAAUCGGAAUUGCUGAAAGUAAUAGAAAACUAUACGAGCCUGAAGAAUUGAACGAGGAAGAAAGUCUUUGGCUCUUCAGUUCAUACGCUUUUUCUACAGACCAACCUCCUGAUGAUUAUAUGCAGCUUUCAGUUGAUAUAGUAGGCACUACAGGAGGGUUGCCCUUAGCCUUGGAGGUUUUGGGUUCUGAUUUAUCUUUUGUAGAAGAUAAAGAAGUAUGGAAAAGUAGGCAUCGUAUAUUGAAACAAAUUCCUCAUAAUGAUGUCUAUGGAAAGUUAAAACUAAGCUUUGAUAAUUUGCAAGAUGAUAUUGAAAAAGCCAUGUUUCUUGAUGCUGCAUGCUUUUUCAUAGGAUGGAAGAAAGAAACCAUAAUUUCCAUAUGGGAAGCUUGUGGCUUUGAACCGAGAUACCGCAUAGAAGUUCUGAAAAGAAAAUCCCUCUUAAAGAUUGAUGAAUCGAAUACAUUGUGGAUGCACGAUCAGAUUCGAGACAUGGGAAGGGGAAUUGUGUACCUUCAAAGUCCUCUAGAACCUGGUAAACGUAGCAGGGUAUGGUUUCAUGACGAUAGCAUGAAGGCAUUAAAUGGUGGUAAGGGGAAUGAAAUGGUUGAAGGUCUCCUCCUUGGCUUCAAUUCAAAUGAUGGUUUUUUCUUUAAUUGGGUACAUUCAAAAGAUUACGACAACAUUUGUUUACAUACUAAAGACUUUGAGAAGAUGCCUAAACUAAGAUUACUAAAAGUUGAAGGAGCAACCUUGGAGGGAAGCUUUCAGCGUCUUCCUUCUGGGUUAAGAUGGCUCAGUUGGUGGAGUUCUCCAUUGGCCAACUUUUAUCAUGAAGAUUUAGUUAUGCUUGACUUAAGACAUGGACAGUUUAGACAAGCUUGGAAUAACUGGCCUGAAAAUAAGUUGUUUCAACAAUUGAAAGUUCUUCAACUCAGUUGGUGUCUGAAUCUGUCCGAGUCUCCCAACUUCUCAGGAUUUCCUCGUUUAGAGAGGUUGUAUCUUGAUAGUUGCCACAGUUUAAUUAAUUUACACGAAUCCAUUGGGGAGCUCCAGCAGCUUGUUUGCUUGAACUUGGAAAAUUGCAUUUUGCUUAGGGAACUCCCAGACAGUAUAUGUAUGUUGCGUUCUCUUCAAAACCUUAUUCUCACUGAUUGCUUCUCACUCGGCAAGUUGCCUGAAUCCAUUGGUGAUCUAAAAGAAUCUUUAGUUGAGCUUUUCUUGAACGGCACAAAUAUUAAAGUGCUGCCUGAUGGUGUUGGAAUAUUAAAAAAGCUGGAGGUAUUAGAUCUUUAUGGCAAUCAUGCAUUAAUGUAUCUGCCAGGGUCAAUGGAAAAUAUGAAGUCUUUGCACUGCUUAAUCCUUGGUGGAGGUGACAAGCUUCUUCUGUGCAGACCAAAGCUUCCAUCUAGUUUAAUUAAAUUUCAUGUUUGGGAAACAAAAUUUGAAAGUUUACCAGACAUACAAAACAUGAAAAACUUGGAGAAAUUGUACCUUGCAAAUGUUUGUGUAAAGGUCGAGCAAUUUAGAGGCUUCGUGAAGACAAGGAACGAUGAAUUCAGUGAAAGGAUCUGUAAAGUGGAUAGACGCUCCUGCAUUGUAACAAAUCGUUGGUGGCAUACACAAGGCCAGGGAACAUUUCUGUGGGGUAACAUUGAAAGUUGGAGACAGAUUUGGAUACCUUUGCAAAAGAUAGAUGAAGUUCGCCCUGGGGUGUGGAUCCCACACGUCAGAGGGAGGUCCCACACCCAUGGAAGGUGUGCACUCUGUCCCCCGCCCCCACAUGGGUUGUGGAUCCAAACUCGUUUCUUGAUUCCUGAUGAUGAUGAGAUCUGUAGCAGCAGGUUAAUUAUGCAUGUUUCUUUGAGUGUCUCCGUACAUGAAGGCAUACUAUUGGAGUAUAUACAAAAAGAUCUCACUCUAAAAUCUUUUAUCCAUAGCAAAGAUAAAAAAAUUGAUUGUAAAAUUAAGCUGAGAAUUGAAGGUAUGAAAAUAACAGGUCGAGAUCAUAUAGAAUAUAUUCAAGAAUUCGAAGGGUUUGAUUGGUUUGGGGUUCAGCUGGAAGGCAGAGAUGCUAUUGAGAUAUCAAUUGUAGACUUAAAUUUGUGUCGUUCAUUUGAAAAAAAUAUUAAUAUUGAUUGCACGGGGUUGAACCUGUUCCUGAUAAAAGAGGGGCCGAUGUUUGACAACCAAUUGAGUUCAUGCCAUUAUUAUGGUAAGAGAUUUCUUGAAAUUGUAAGAUAUAAUUGAUGAUGAUGAAGGAUAUAUUGGAACCUACAUUGGAGGAAGAAGAGGAGAGGACUAAUGAAAUGGGUGAAACACAGAGGCAGAGUUAUUUGAGGGUUAGUAUUACUGUGAAUAAUGAAGCGAUCAGGUACUGCUUUUCUGGUGAGUAUUAUAUGAGGCCUUACACUUUACUUUCUAAUCUAACCUUGUUUGUGUUUUGAAUUUCUUUUUGUCUAUAAAUCAGUGGCUAAUGAUCAAUAUCUUCGUGUGGGAAAGAGAGAUCACCCAAAUGAUGGAGAGACUGUCCACUGGCACGGCAAUUCAGGACAAUUACAAGAUCACACCUGAAUCAUGGAUUUUCUUCGAGGCCGUUAGCUGCAGAGAGUUCAUUCGCAGAGAAAGGCAGACUCAAAGGAAGAAGGUACAACGCAGAAGAGAGGAAACUGUGGAUUCAUAGGUACAGUAGCAAGCACACUCAGAGAAAUUUCAACAAGACAAUAAUAAAGGUAAUGAAAAAGAAGAAAAAAAUCCGAACGAACUGGAAGCCCAUCUCAUAAUUUAGUCAAAAUCGAAAAGGGGAAAAAAAAAAUCUUAGUUUUUGAUCAAUCUGUAUGAAGACGGGUUCUUUGUUAUGUCUAGCAUGCGUGUCGAAACAAACCAAAUAACAAUAGGCCCAAAGCACGUGGUGGAUUCGCCCACAAGAUUCCCAAAUUUGCAGGUCUCAACCGCGAGGAAGAAGACGAAGACGAUCUUUGGGUCGAUGGGUUCCUGGAAGAAGAUGAGGAUGCGAUGAGAGGGUUUGAUUGUGGUGCCUACUUCAAUCCCACUGAGUUUUGGUACUACGGGUUCUGACUUCUGGGUUCGAGUUGCAGCCUUGCAGGCUUAAGGCUGUGCUUACAUUUCCACAGUUUAGCUUGCUUGGGAUCUCGGAUUCUCUGUUUCCUCCUCCUUUUCUUCUUUAUUUGUCCAGCUUUGUCAUAGCGGUGGACGUGGGGGUCGUCCGAAUUGGAGCAAUGCUGCACAGCGUGGAAUGGAUUGCCAUAGUUUUUCACCCCAUGGAUCAGGGGAGAACAGUUCUGCACAUCGUGGGGCUGGUGGGACAAGAUCUGCAUCAAGGAGUUUUUCAAUAUGGGUUGGGUGGGAGCAAUUCUACACAGCGUGGAGUGGGUGGGACUUCUUCAACACAAUGUGGUAUCGACAGCCAUCUCAACGACUGGGGCCUUAGUGGCGACCUCGCAGAGCUGAAGCUAGAGAUUGGAAAAGGGAUAGACGGAGAGAGAGAAUAAGGAGGGGAAACCAGUGCUAGCCAUCUCUUUGGUUUUCACAAUCAUCCUUUCAUAUUUGUGCUAUAUUUAUAUAUGGGUCUUGUCUCCGUCAUGGUUUUGAAUCUUAUCUCGACAGGAUAAUGGUACAAAUGAUUCUAACUGAAAUACAGGAGAAAUAAACAAAUAAUAAUAAAGGCAAGGAUUCAGGGAAGGAAAUAGAAACAAAAAUACAAAUGUUAGCUUGUCGAUGAACGGCAAUUUCUUCGCUUCUGGUUUUGAUCAUAAACCUUUUUUUUUUUUGGUGCUUUGGUGGGACGAGAUUCUUGCAUAAUGAAAUGAAAAAAUGGCUGUCUUUAUUGAUGCUUCAUCCUCCCAAAGAAAAAAAAAAAAAAAAAAAAAAAGAAGCCAGCUACUCCUACACACACUUGCAUUAAACAAGGUUAGAAUCCACAAUCUUCUCCCCUCUAGAGACUCUAUCCUCAACAGAAACUGCCGCUACUAGGCCAAGAUAGUUUUCUGUCAUCAACGCAUGAUAUAAUAUUUCAUCCACCCAAACCCAAAAGCCAAAACAAUUGGCUCUCUCUCUCAUUUUGCCUUUUGUCUUUUUAGUGAAAUAUCUAAACGUAUCUAAACGUUGUCGCGUCCGCUACGCAUUUCUGUUAUAAUAUUACAGAUGCCGACCAGGAUUGGGACUUAUUCCUCGGCGGAGUCUCUCAAGUCUCAUCUGUGAUUGGUGAAAUUCCGGGAAAUGAAUUAACGAAUAACAGGAGGACCUUCUCUAGUUAUCCCAUACAGGAAUACUUGUUUAAUUAUCCUUAAUUUAUUUAUCCUCCGUGCUUGACUUUCCUGCAACCCAAUAUGGUUCUCCUCUUGUAAAUUAUACAGGUAACUUAUUACCAAACGAUUUCCCCUCCUCCCCAAUUUCCCCUGUUCGCCACUUUCCUCCCCUCCUCCGUCUACAUAGAAGCAAGAUACGAAACCAUCAAUUUCUCCAUCAAUCAUAUACCUUGAUCAAGCAACUCUCUAUCUGCAACUCCAAUAUUAAUGGAGUCACAGGUUGGAUUUUCUGACUAUGAUGUGUUUAUCAACUUCAGAGGCGAAGAUACCCGUAAUAUCUUUGUUGGCCACCUUUACAAUGCUCUAAAGGGUCGUGGAAUCCGUGCUUUCAUUGACAGCAAAGAUCUUUGGAAAGGAGAAUAUAUUAGGAAGCUUCUCAGCGUAAUAAAAGGAGUCAAGCUCUCGGUUGCUGUCUUCUCUCAAAGAUACGUUGAAAGCGAAUGGUGCCUCAAAGAGCUCGCUCAGAUGCUGGAAUGUCAUAAAGCCAAUCGUCAAAUCAUUUUUCCCAUUUUCUUCAAAGUUAAGACAUCAGACGUUAAGAAUCAGACUGGAUGUUUUCAGAUUUCUUCUCAGAUGCACAUCGAGGAGAAGCCCGAAACUGUAUCAAUUUGGAAGGAUGCUUUGAGAGCGGCAGGAGAUGUGAGUGGAUGGGUUUUUGACGAUGGGGGAAUGAAAUCGUUGAAGCUCUCCUCUUGAAAUUCGAUGGAAAUGACAGUACUUGUUUACAUACUAAAGAUUUUGAGAAGAUGCCUGAACUAAGAUCGCUACAAGUUGAUGGAGCAACCUUAUGGAGGAGCUUUCAAUGUCUUCCUUCUAAGUUAAGAUAGCUCAGUUGGUAGACAUGUCCCUUGAAAAAACUAUCUGACAAUUUUUAUCAUGAACACUUAGUUAUACUCGACUCAAAUGGUGGCUUUUUGGACAAGCUUGGAAUAACUGGCAUGGAAAUAAGAAGUUUCAACGAUUGAAAGUUCUUCAACUCAGUAAUUGUAGGUUUUUGUACAAGUCUCCUGACUUCUCGGGAGUUCAUCGCUUAGAGAAAUUGUAUCUUAAUGGUUGUACUUCUUUGAUUAAUUUACAUGAAUCCAUCGGGGAGCUCCAACAGCUUUUUUACUUGGACUUGGAUUAUUGCAAAUCUCUUAAAAAACUCCUAAACUGUAUAUGUAAAUUGAGUUCUCUCAAGAUUCUAAUCUCAUCAGUUGCAUGUCACUCAAAGAGUUGCCUGGGUCCAUAGGUGAUCGAAAAGAAUCUUUGGUUGAGCUUUUCUUGGAGUUAACAAAAAUUGAAACGCUGCCUGAUGGUGUUGGACUGUUACAGAAGUUGGAGAACUUGAAUCUUUGUUACAACUAUCAACCAACGCAUCUACCAGGAUCAAUGGAGAGUAUGACUUCUUUACGUUACUUACUCCUUGGUGGACGUGCCAUGCUUCUGUGCAUACCAAAGCUGCCCUCUAAUAUAAUUCAUUUUGGUAUCCGGGAAACACAAUUGAAAGUUUACCAGAGAUGCAAAACAUGAAAAACUUGGAAAAAUUGUGGCUUUCAGAAUUUUGUGUAAAGAUAGAGCAAUUUAGGGGGUUCGUGAAGACAAAGAACAACGAUGAAUUCUCUGAACUGAUUAGUAAAAUGAGUAGACGAAGCUGGGUGGUAACAAAUCGCUCAAGACUAACACAAGUCCAGCAGGGAACGUUUAUAUGGGGUAACAUUGAAAGUUGGAGAGAGAUUUGGAGACCUUUGCAGCAAAUGACACAUGAAGAAAAUCCUAGGGGUCGUAGAUACCAGUUUCCUGAUGAUGAUGAUGAUGAUGAUGAUGAUGAUGAGAUCUGUAGCUGCAGGUUAAUUAUGCAUAUUUCUUUAGGUUUCUACCAUUACAAACCUGAGGAAAUUCCAUUGGAGUAUGUAAAACAUCUCUCUGGAAGUCGAUUCUCGUAUCCAUCACAAAGAUGAAAGAAUAACUGAUUGUCGUGUUGGGGUAGCGAUUGAGGGCGUCAUCAAAUUGAACCAUCUGAACCAUAUAGACUACAUUCAUGAAUUCGAAGGGUUUGAUUGGUUCGGGUUUCAGCUGGAAGGAAAAAAUGCUAUUGACAUAGCACAUGAUUACAAAGGAUUUAUAGAAGAUACUGAUAUUGAAUUCGCAGUGAGAGGGGUGAACCUCUUCCUGGUAAAGGAGGGGCCAAUGUUUGACACUCAUCAAUUCAGUACUGAAUGCCAUUGUCCUGGUAGGAGAUUUCUUGAGAUUAUAAGAUAUAAUUGAUGAUGAUGAUGAGGAGGAGGAGGAGGAGGAGAAGGAGGAGGUACGAGGUCUCAUAAAUCGGUGGCUAAUGAUACAUUUCUUUGUGUGGGUCAGAGAGAGCACCCAAAUAAUGGAGACCAUUCGGAAUAUCUGCUGGCCUAACAAUUCAGGUCACACUGUCGAGAGAGGUGCUUUCCGACCUUUGAUUGAUAUGCUCGAGUCUCCAGAUGUACAACUUAGCAAAAUGUCAGCCUUUGCAAUGGGGAGAUUGGCCCAAAUUAAUGUUUUUCCAUUUCUUGGUUUGGUCUUGUUCAAACCCCUCCACAUCAAAUAAUUAGUCAUGUGUGUUAAAAAUAUUGUUAAUAAGGCAGGUCCUCACUUAGUUCAUGGUAAGUGUGAUUGCUGGUUGUGUACCUUCUUUUCAUGGUAACCUGUUCAAGAAUAGAUUUUUUUUUCCCAGUUGUCUUUAUUUCCUAACAGUUUUCUUCGUUUUAUAACUUCCCAUGGAUUUAUGGUUCUCCCCUUUAGAACUUCGAAA